GUCAAAUAUAUUGCGAGAAGUCAUGGAAAAAAGCUCAGUUAAAUUGCCGCAUUCGAAAGCUCUUAUUGUUCUCGGGGAUAACGAAGCCGGAAAGACAACCUUAAUCGCUAGACUUUCUGGAAAUGAAGACCCUAAAAAAAGUCCGGGGAUCGAGUACCAUCAUAUUGAUAUAAAAGAUGAAGAAAGAGAUGAUCAAACAAAGCUUGGAGUAUGGGUCCUUGACGGUGAUAUGGUCUUUAUUCCAUUGCUCAGCAAUGCAUUGUCUGCCUAUAAUUUUGCUGAUUGUAUGGCAGUUUUAGUUGUUAGUAUGUCGGAACCAUGGAAUAUCAUUGACCGUUUGGAAUUCUGGGUUGAGUUAUUGAAGAACUAUAUAAACAAACUCGAGCUAUCACUUGAAGAAAUGAAUGAAUUCAAAGAAAGCUAUCUUUUUUAA